ACAUGUGGAUCUGGAUUGCUUUUACGCACAAGUAGAAAUGAUCUCAAAUCCAGAACUAAAGGGCAAGCCUUUAGGGGUGCAGCAGAAAUAUUUGGUGGUUACCUGUAACUAUGAAGCUAGGAAACUCGGAGUUAAGAAACUUAUGAAUGUCAGAGAGGCAAAAGAAAAAUGUCCACAUCUGGUAUUAGUAAAUGGAGAAGACUUGACUCGGUACAGAGAGAUGUCAUACAAGGUUACAGGAUUGUUUGAAGAAUUCAGUCCAGUUGUUGAGAGACUGGGAUUGGAUGAGAAUUUUGUGGAUCUGACGGAUACUGUUGAGCAGAGACUGCAGCAGCUUCACAGUGAUGAGCUGUUUGCGAUGACUGUGUCAGGCCAUGUGUACCGUGAUCAGUCUGUAAACCUGCAUAACAUCUCGCACCGCAGACUCGUUAUUGGAUCUCACCUUGCAGCAGAGAUGCGGGAAGCCAUGUGGAACCAGCUGGGUCUCACAGGCUGUGCUGGCGUGGCUUCUAAUAAAUUAUUAGCAAAAUUAGUUUCUGGUACCUUUAAACCAAAUCAGCAAACAGUCUUAUUACCUGAAAGUUCUCAAGAUCUUAUUCAGAGUUUAAAUCACAUCAAGGAAAUGCCUGGGAUUGGCUAUAAAACUACCAAACGGUUGGAAGCACUGGGUAUCAGUAGUGUGACCGAUCUUCAAACCUUUUCAUCCAAGAUAUUAGAAAAGGAAUUAGGAGUGUCAGUUGCUCACCGUAUCCAGAAACUCGGUUUUGGAGAGGAUGAUUCUCCUGUGACACCCUCAGGACCACCUCAGUCCUUCAGUGAAGAGGAUUCAUUUAAAAAAUGUUCAUCAGAAGUUGAAACUAAGCAUAAGAUUGAAGAACUACUUGCUAGUCUUUUAAACAGAGUAUGCCAAGAUGGAAGGAAGCCACACACUGUCAGACUAGUAAUUCGUCGGCAUUCGUCUGGGAAGCACUGGAACCGUGAGAGUCGCCAGUGCUCUCUUCCCUCCCAUGUCAUCCAGAAGUUAGGGGCAGGCAAUUAUGAUGUCAUGACCCCGCUGGUUGAUAUUCUCAUGAAACUUUUCCGGAACAUGGUGAAUGUGAAGCUGCCGUUCCAUCUCACCCUUCUAAGUGUGUGCUUCUGCAACCUGAGAGCUCUCAGCCCUGCUAAGAAAGGGACAAUUGAUUCUUACUUCAAUUUGUCACAGUCAUCAACCUCUUGUUCUGGCAAGCGCAGUUUUAAAAUGAAAGACAUGCACAGGGAGGAUAUUUCCAAUGAUAAAGGACCGAACUGGGAAUCACAACCAACUGGAAGAACUGAAGGUACAGGAUCUGGAGAAUCUCCACUUGAGUCUACAAACUUUUCUAAAGAAAGAGACAGCCAUAGAUUUCCACUCAGCUGUCUUCCUGAGGGUGUGGAUCAGGAAGUGUUCCAGCAGCUUCCAGUAGAUAUUCAAGCAGAAAUCCUUACAGGACAAUCCAGAGAGAAAAUUCAGUUGAAGGGAAGUCUGAGUCCACAGCAUGUCUCUAGAGGAAUAUUAUCUUUCUUUCCUGCGAAGAAGUUGCAAGAUAGUCCUUUAAACCAUAGAGAUAAUUUAUCCAGUAACAAACAGAUCUUGUCUGUAUCUCCCUGUGAACCAGGAACUUCAGACUCAGCUAACAGUAAUUCCUCAUAUUUGUCUAACCGAAGGGAUUAUUCAUUCUAUUUAGACAGUCAACUAAAAGAUGAAAAAAUGAGUCAAGCAUCUCCGGGAUUUUACGCUUCAAAUACAAACCCUGCUGUGACUGCUUUUCAUUCUACUCUGAAUUUGCAGAGUGAGCAACUUGCUUCCCCAAACUGCACUACAGAUAAUCAUACACAACCUAGAACCACAGUCUCUCAUCAGGAAGUACCUGCAGAAAACAGGAAGCAAGAGCCAACGAAAGAGAAAAUUACUUUUCCUUCUGAUAUUGAUCCUGAUGUCUUUUAUGAACUACCAGAAGAGGUACAAAAAGAACUAUUGGCCGAAUGGAAGAGAACAGGAUCAGGUCUCCAAAGUGUACAUAAAUAACCAUUUUCAGAAAAAACACACUAAAAAGUGAUGGCAAUAUCAGUGUUCUCAGAUGAGUUAGUUCUGAACCUAGAAGGAACUUCAUUCUAUGUUAAGAAAAUGGACACCAG